AUGGGGUUGGACCCGAAUAUGGAUACUCUCCGUAAGAGGAAGAUCAUGGAUAUAAAUGAUUCCAGUGAUGCGGAAGAAAAAGGCACGAAAGUUCAGAAGCUGGAAAGCGAACAAACGAAAAAGCACAAUCACAGUGAAAUUGAAAAACGACGAAGAGACAAGAUGAACACGUAUAUUUCUGAACUUUCCUCAAUGGUCCCCAUGUGUAAUGCCAUGUCUCGUAAGUUGGACAAGUUAACAGUUCUUCGAAUGGCGGUCCAACACAUGAAAACAUUACGAGGAUCCAUAAAUUCUUAUACAGAAGGUCAUUACAAGCCAUCUUUUCUCUCAGAUGAGGAACUAAAGUAUCUCAUUUUAGAGGCUGCUGAAGGAUUUUUAUUUGUUGUAAGCUGUGACAGAGGCCGUAUUUUGUUUGUUUCUGAGUCAGUAUCCCAGAUUCUCAACUUCUCCCAGGGAGAUCUUUUGGGUCAAAGCUGGUUUGAUAUUCUACAUCCUAAAGACAUAGGAAAAGUGAAAGAACAGCUGUCAUCCUCUGAUCUGUCUCCUAAAGAACGUCUCAUAGAUGCAAAAACCAUGCUUCCUGUGAAGACUGACAUGCCUUCUGGUCAGAGUAGGCUUUGUCCUGGAUCCAGGCGGUCAUUCUUCUGUCGAAUGAAAUGUAGGUCAUUGGCAACUGUAAAAGAAGAAGCUGAUACAACUACAGGUUGCCACAAAAAACGAAAAUCACAGAGCUCAGAUCGUAAAUAUCUGGUCAUUCACUGUACGGGCUAUCUAAAAUCUUGGGCUCCAGCCAAGUUGAAUCUUCAAGAGGAAACAGACAGUGACAGCGAGAGCUGUAACCUUAGUUGUUUGGUGGCGGUGGGUCGCGUUCACCCAGGAAUUUUACAUCCUGAAGCUUCUCAACCAGGACUUGAAGUUAAACCACUCGAGUUUGUCUCAAGGCAUGCCAUGGAUGGAAAAUUUCUUUAUGUUGACCAAAGGGCUACUUUAAUGUUAGGGUACCUUCCUCAAGAGCUUCUAGGAACUUCUUUUUAUGAAUAUUGUCAUCAAGAGGAUGUAGCACAUUUAGCAGAUAGUCAUAAGCAAGUUCUACAAGCAAAUGAAAAAAUUACAACUCAGAACUAUAGAUUUCGAACAAAAGAUGGAUCCUUUGUUUGUAUGCAGAGCACAUGGAAGAAUUUUAAAAAUCCAUGGACCAAAGAAUUUGAAUAUCUUGUAGCUGUCAAUUCUUCAGUUCCGUACAUUUCCCGUGAUUCCUGUAGUGCAGCAAACUUAGCAGUGGUAGAAAGUUCAAAUGCCACCCUUGAAGAAAUGCUCAAUAGUAACUCCGACAGUCUUGAUGCUGUGCUUUCUGUCUUUCCCUCAACUAGUGAUGCAUCCACUAGUGACACAAUUCAGAAGUUUUUAGGUACAAGAGUUGGAGCAGGCAAGAUAGGCCAACAAAUAGCAGAUGAAGCCAUGGAAGUUCAAAAGGCAAGAGACUCUUCUUCAAGUAGCAGUCCAGUUCUUGUAGCUGAUAACAAUAAUAUGGGUUUCCCAAAUAGAGCACCAUUUCCAGUCAAUAGCUUAAUAAAAAAUCAGGCCACUGCUGUUCCUGGGCCUAGCACUGCACCUAUGACCACAGUGGAGCCUAAUCACGUACCAGUCAUGAAUGGAGAUGCCUGUCCCCAUUCACCCUCCCAACAAUCCUGUAACAGUAAUCAAAGCCAGUACUCUGGAACUCCACACAACAGUUCUGUUAGCGAUCCAGAUAUUGAUUUUAUGGAUACUCUCAUGGGCCGAGACAUAAUUAGCAGCACUUACCAAAGUAGCAACGAAGGGAACGAUGAAGCUGCUAUGGCAGUUAUCAUGAGUCUUCUAGAGGCUGAUGCUGGAUUAGGUGGUCCAGUAGACUUCAGUGGUCUUCCUUGGCCUCUUCCUUGAUUUCCAGUAAU